ACAUUCUAUCAGAAGGGGGAUAUUUCCGAGUCAUGAGCAAUCCAUAACCAAAUCAUUGAACAAAGCUGCGCAGUAAAAAGAUUGGACUGACUGCAAACACCAACAGAUUGAGUACAAGAUGAUUACCAUGAAACACCCGUGUAGCAAAACGAUGUUGCUUCAAUUGCUUGGUGUCAUUGUGAUGACGGAGGUACUGUUCAUGUUGGCUGAUGCAUCUCAACUUCGUCUAGUGGGAGGCAAAACAAGAAGUCAGGGACGUCUUGAGAUCUUCCUCAAUGGUGAAUGGGGCACGGUGUGUGAUGACGCGUGGGACUUAGAAGACGCCCAGGUGGCUUGCAUGCAGCUCGGCUUCCCUGGCGCUUCCGAGGCUACCCAAGGUGGUUAUUUUGCUCACGGAACAGGGCAGAUACAUCUGGAUGAUGUCGCCUGUGCUGGGUAUGAAAGUGACCUGCUUUCCUGUCAGCAUGAAGGAAUUGGGAUUCACAACUGUGGGCACAGUGAAGAUGCAGGAGUCAUUUGUAACCUCCGAGUUCGUUUGGUAGGUGGUACCAAUUCUAUGGAAGGUCGCGUGGAGGUGUUAUUAAACGGUGCCUGGGGGACGGUCUGUGAUGACUCCUGGGACCUGAAUGACGCAACAGUUAUCUGCCGGGAACGGGGUUAUGUAGGGGCGUGGGAGGCUCCCGGAUCUGCUACAUUUGGUGAGGGAGACGGGCUGAACAUACUGCUAGAUAAUGUCGCCUGUCUGGGCAACGAAGAGACAGUGAUAAAAUGUCAGCACAGGGGAUUGGGGAUUAACGACUGCAGCCACAGUGAGGAUGCCGGAGUUCGAUGUUUCGAUCUACGUCUGAUUGGCGGUAGCACCAGUAACGAAGGCAGACUUGAAGUUCGCCUGAACGGCGAAUGGGGCACGGUGUGUGAUGACUUGUGGGAUCUAGAUGACGCCCGGGUAGCUUGCAGGCAGCUCGGCUUCCCUGACGCUACCGAUGCUACUCAGGGAGGGUCAUUAUUUGGAAGUGGAAGCGGCUCAAUUCUCCUGGACAAUGUUGAGUGCACUGGUCUCGAGAAUAACCUGCUGAGUUGUCAGCAAAAUGAGAUUGCUGACCAUGAUUGUUCUCACAGCGAAGAUGCAGGAGUCGUUUGUAAUAACAUGGGCAUACUCCGUCUUGUUGGUGGUCAUAGCGUUGCAGAGGGCCGACUAGAGAUUGAUCUGAACGGUGAAUUGGGCACAGUCUGCGACGACUCCUGGGGACUAGAUGACGCCAAGGUGGCUUGCUUAGAGUUGGGCUUUCCUGGUGCCGCCGAGGCUACACCAGGCGGGUCUUAUGGAAGUGGAAGCGGACCCAUUCUUCUUGACGAUGUCAUGUGUUCUGGAUUUGAACUUCAGUUGCUCUCUUGUCCGCACAGUGGAAUUGGAGUCAAUAACUGUGGUCACAGUGAAGACGCAGGAGUCAUUUGUCAACCUCGAAUUCAUCUGGUAGGUGGUUCCAGUCCCAACGAAGGCCGUGUGGAGGUGUAUGAGAAUGGUGCCUGGGGAACGGUCUGUGAUGAUGGCUGGGAUCUAACCGAUGCAAAUAUUGUCUGCCGGGAAUUAGGCUACGAUGGAGCAACUGAAGCAUUAGGAGAAGCAGCCUUUGGUCAGGGUGACGGGCAGGAGAUACUUCUGUCUUCUCUUAACUGCGUCGGUAGCGAGCAGACAGUGGUAGAUUGCGAGCACCCGGGACUUGGGAUUCACUCUUGCGGGCAUGGCGAGGAUGCCGGAGUCCGAUGUGCCGAUGGCUGUAUGCUCACCGUCAACGCAUCCGAUGUCCUGAUGGUGGUAUCUAGUUAUCAGUCUGUAUACCUUCCUGGUGAAACGAUUGAGUAUGCCUGCCCCGACGGAUAUCACAUCAGCGGGUCUGCUUCACGGUUCUGUCAGUCUGACUUAACAUGGUCUGGACAGCCAGCUGAAUGCAUUACAGACUCGUGUGUCGCUGGACCUUGUGUGAACGGGGGUACGUGCACUAGUGCACCCGGCGAGUACACUUGCCUAUGCCCUGCAGGGUACGACGGGAUGACGUGUGAAAAUGUUGCCAACUGCGAGCUGAUCUUCAACUCAUCCGAUGUCCUCAUCGUGGUGUCCGGUAAUCGGACUGUAUACCUUCCUGGUGACUCAGUCGAAUAUGCCUGCCCUGACGGAUAUCAUCUCAGCGGGUCCGCUACAAGAUAUUGUCGGUCAGACUUCACGUGGUCUUCGCCGGUUGCCGUAUGCAAUCAAGUUGCCAACUGCGAGCUGAUCUUCAACUCAUCCGAUGUCCUCAUCGUGGUGUCCGGCAAUCGGACGGUAUACCUUCCUGGUGACUCAGUCGAAUAUGCCUGCCCUGACGGAUAUCAUCUCAGCGGGUCCACUACAAGAUAUUGUCGGUCAGACUUCACGUGGUCUUUGCCGGUUGCCGUAUGCAAUCAAGUUAUGGCUGCCCCAGCAAAAUUUUCCUUGCCGGUGGAACCAAUCAUCGGCGGAGGAGCGGGUGGUGUGAUUUUCAUUAUCAUGUUCUUUGUUGCUCUUUUCGCGAUAAAAAGGCGAACAGCACGGAACCAUCCCGUUCAGAACAGACGCGAUGCUACCGUGCUCAGUUGUACCGUUUCUGGAGGGGGCGCCCUACCCUCAUCGGAGCUGGCAUACCAGGAAACAAUCCUCGACGAUGCCAUUAUUAACAGCUACGCUGAUUUGCCACGUCGUAAUGCUCCUCUUCCGCCGAUUCCUGACAAAACCCCGACUAAGGAGGCAUGCGAGACAUAUUGCAACGUGCAAUACUGA